AUGGCACUGACAUCAUGGAAAGCGUUCAACUUUAUCGACGUCUCCGCGGUGAGACUGCCCGACGAGAGCUCCGCGCUCUUCGGUAGUGACCUAUCUAGCCUCUGCACGGGAUCCGCAAACCUUUAUGUCGGAACAAUUGAUGGAUUCGUUUACAUCCUCUCCUCGUCCUUUCGCGUUGUGCGCUCGUUCAAGGCCCAUGAUGCCGGUUCGAUUACGCAUAUGAAGCAGAUCAAUGGAACCUCUUUACUUGUGACGGUGGCGGAGGACUUAUCGAACGAACCAGUUCUCAAGGUCUGGGCGCUGGAUACCGAGAGGAAGGAUGGUGCGCCGCAGUGUUUGUCGACAGUCUCGGUGCAAAAUGCUAGACGGCAGUUUCCGAUAUCCGCAUUCGCAGCUGUCGAUGAUCUCUCCCAGGUAGCCGUUGGCUUUGCGAACGGCUCUGUGACUAUCAUCCGCGGCGAUUUGAUCCACGAUCGGGGUGCGCGCCAACGGAUCGUCUUCGAAUCAGAUGAGCCGAUUACAGGAUUGGAAACCCAGGAUGGAGCGGUGACAGCGCUGUACAUUUCGACUACGAGUCGCAUUUUGACAUUGGUCAUCGCGGGCCGAGGACAAGGCCAGCCAGCUCGUGUCUUGGAGGAUACGGGGUGCGGGCUAGGAUGCAUGACGCUGGACCGGGAAAGCAGGGAUAUUCUCAUUGCCCGGGAGGAUGCAAUCUAUACGUAUGGCUCUCGAGGCCGAGGACCUAGCUAUGCAUUCGAGAGCCAGAAGACAUCUAUUAAGACGUUCCGUGAGUACGUGGCGCUGGUCUGUCCGCCUAAAGCUGGGACUUCCAAGUCGGAUCCCUUGCGCCGAUAUGGGGCCAACCCGGCAGCUGAGAUCUUUGGGACCACAACGUUUACGUUGCUGGACACGGAUCUCAAGUUCAUUGCGCAUAAUGAGACAUUGGCGUCGCCAAUGAGGCAGAUCUUCAUGGAGUGGGGGGAUCUAUAUCUUCUCACCACUGAUGGCAAGCUGUUUCGGUAUCGCGAGAAGAGCCUCCAGCAGAGACUGGAGAUUCUCUACGAGCGCAAUCUCUACAUCCUGGCCAUUAACCUUGCGCAAAACAUCGGCAUUGAUCCACUACAGCAGAAUGCCAUCUAUCGCAAAUACGGUGAUUUCUUGUACCAGCGUGGGGAUUAUGACACUGCUAUGCAACAAUAUCUUCGGGCAAUUGACAACACUGAGCCGUCUCAGGUUAUCCGCAAGUACCUGGACACCCAGCGGAUUCAUAACUUGAUCGAGUAUUUGGAAGAGCUACACGACCAUGGCCGAGCUACGGUCGACCACACCACACUUCUUUUGAACUGCUACGCCAAGUUAAAAGAUACAACUAAACUAGACUCCUUCAUCAAGGCUCCCGGUGAGCUGAAAUUUGAUCUAGAGACUGCUAUCGCCAUGUGUCGGCAGGGCGGUUACUUCGAGCAGGCAGCGUACCUUGCGACUAAACAUAGCGAAAACGACAUGGUGGUUGAUAUUCUGAUUGAGGAUUCUAAGAAGUACGCGGAGGCGGUUGAGUACAUAUGGCGAUUAGAGCCUGAAGCGGCCUAUCAUAAUCUCAUGAAAUAUGCCCGCGUGUUAUUGACCCACUGCCCGGAGCAAACGACAGAGCUCUUCAAAACUUACUACACUGGCCAGUAUCGACCUCGAACACAAGUGGAAAUGCCCGCCGAGCCCCAAGCUCAGCCAACAAGCACUCUUCAAAGUCUUGCUGGAAUGCUGCCGCUGCGCUAUAUGACCGGCGGGUCUGGAUUGCAAGCUUCAGCCACUGUAUCAGAGCCUGUUACGAAGGAAGAACCGGUCACUGACCCCGUUCCUGAAUACGAGAUCCCGAAACCACGAACAGCGUUUUCUGCUUUCGUAGAUCACCCCCAGGAAUUUAUAGACUUUCUGGAAACACUUGGGCAGCAGUCUGGACUGACCAAAGAAGCCAAGAUUGAUCUUUUCACCACCUUGUUUGAGAUGUACUUGGAUACUGCCAAGGGGAAGAAAGACGUGGCCGAGAAGCAAGAAUGGGAGACCAAGGCUAAGAAGCUGAUUGAAGGCAAGGAUAUACCAAUCUCAACAUCCAAUGUCCUGCUUCUCUCUGAUUUGUCGAAUUUCCGCGAGGGAUCUACGCUUGUGCGUGAGCAAGAAGGUUUGCGUUUGGACAUAUUCCGGUCGUUUACUUCGGCCAAAGACACCCAAGGUGCCAUCAAAGCGUUGCGACGAUAUGGACCCGAUGAGCCCCAGCUUUACAUCGAUGCCUUGACAUAUUUCGCCUCUAGCCCCGCCAUCCUCGAAGAGGCUGGCGACGAGCUGGACGUCGUCCUGCGACGCAUUGAUGAAGAUGGCCUACUUUCUCCAUUACAGGUUAUACAAGCCCUCAGCAACAACGCUGUUGUCACAAUGGGCCGAGUAAAGAAGUACCUUAGCGACAAUAUUGAACGAGAACGCAAGGACAUCUCCACGAAUCGCCGCCUCAUCGCCAGCUACAAAUCCGAAACUGCCACGAAACAACAAGAACUCGAAUCCCUCGCUACUCAACCUGUGGUCUUCCAAUCUCGCCGCUGCCAAUCCUGUGGCGGUACUCUCGAUCUUCCAACCGUGCAUUUCCUCUGCAAGCACUCUUUCCACGAACGCUGUCUCAAUCGCGUCGAGGAUGAUGCUCAAUGUCCCGUUUGUGCCCCCAGCAAUGCUACCCUCCGUGCCAUUCGUCAGCGACAGGUUGAAACUGCCGAUCAGCACGACCUGUUCAAGGCUGAGCUACAACGCUCGAGGGAUGGGUUUGGAGUUGUAAGCGAGUUUUUCGGGAGAGGGGUUAUGAGGCCUCAGACUACGAUGGAUGCAUGA